UCAACCGACAACUGCGCUGAUCCGGCUUCCCUGAGCCGUUCAUUCCAGCGCCGGUCUCGGAGGUAGCCGGCUGAGUUGAGAAUCGUGUUUCGUUUAGCGACUCCUCGGUGCAUGCCUCGACCUUUCAACUUCCGUGAUUUUGCCAUCUGAUAAGAUCUUGAUCAAUCACCACUCACUCACCCACUACGCUCACGGCAGUCAGUUCUCUUCGUCUUCAGUCCAGCAUCCUGAAACGCCUUGGGCACAAUCAUGACGGUCAACGUGUUUGCCGUGCCUGUGUUCUUCAUCUGCUUUCGAGAGUGCCUGGAGACCGUCAUUAUUGUCUCGGUUCUGCUGGCAUGGCUCAAACAGACCAUUGGGCCAGAUAGGGACCCGGCCACAUACAAGAAGCUCGUCCGCCAGGUCUGGUGGGGAAUCGGCCUUGGUUUGCUGAUAUGUCUCAUUAUCGGAGGUGCAAUGCUUGGAGCCUUCUACGGCCUCGGCAAGGACCUUUACUCCAACACCGAAGACAUCUGGGAAGGUAGCUUCGGCCUACUAGCAACCAUUAUCAUCUCAGCCGUUGGAGCAGCGCUGCUUCGUGUCUCCAAGCUACAGGACAAAUGGCGGGUCAAGCUCGCCCAAGCGGUCGAGAAGAACAACAUCAAUGCGAAAGCGAGCACCUCGAGCAAGUUUAAGCUCUGGUGCCAGAGAUAUGCGAUGUUCCUACUGCCGUUCAUCACCGUGCUGCGAGAAGGCCUUGAGGCUGUUGUCUUCAUUGGUGGCGUCGGACUUAGUCUGCCGGCGACAGCUUUCCCGCUGGCUGUUGUGUGCGGUCUGGGUGCCGGUGUUUUAGUUGGCUAUGCCAUCUACCGUGGCGGCAACACUGCGAAGCUCCAGAUCUUCUUGAUCAUCUCCACAUGCUUCUUAUACCUGGUUGCAGCUGGUCUCUUCUCCAAGGCUGUAUGGUCCUUCGAGACUCACGCUUGGAACUCCAUAAUUGGCGGCGAUGCCAGUGAGGUCGGCUCCGGACCUGGCUCGUACGACAUCACAAAGAGCGUCUGGCACGUAAACUGCUGCAACGCCGAACUCAACGGCGGAGGUGGCUGGGGUAUCUUCAACGCCAUCCUCGGCUGGCAGAACUCGGCUACCUAUGGCUCGGUCAUUGCGUACAACCUCUACUGGGUGACGGUGAUCGCCGGCUUUCUCUCAAUGAGAUACUACGAGAAGAACGGGCAUUGGCCGCUCAUGAAGCCUCGCCGUAGAGACUCUGCUGAUGGAGAGGUUUCGGAUGACUCGUCCCAGGGCGAAGGUGUAAUUGAGGCGUCCAUCGAGAAGAAGGCAGAUGGAGAGGCUCCGAUGACUGCGGCGACAGUCCGCGAGUUGACGGUUUGAGUGUUCCAUGAUGGAAGAGUUUGUCUGUUUCUGAGCGAUCGCUCCGACAGUGAGCGGUAUCUAGUUCAGCGUUGAUAACAAUCCAUUCAAUAUUCUCGGCAUCAUAUCCCCGUGCAUCGAUAGGGACGACUGAGGAAGCGGCGAUAAAGA